AUGGCCUGUAACGGCACAUCCGUGGCGACUUUUGAAUACCUGCUGCCGAAUGGGACCCAUGCGUCGGACUUCGGCUUGGUUACCCCGGCCGCUCCCCUCAGGAUAUCCUUGGCCAUAGUCAUGAUGCUGAUGAUUGUGGUGGGAUUCCUGGGCAACGCCGUUGUCUGCGUCAUCGUGUAUCAGAGGCCAGCCAUGCGCUCUGCCAUCAACCUACUGCUGGCCACGCUGGCCUUCUCGGACAUCAUGCUGUCCUUAUGCUGCAUGCCCUUUACCGCCGUCUCCCUGAUCACGGUCCACUGGCACUUUGGGGAUUACUUUUGCCGGCUUUCAGCCAUGCUGUACUGGUUUUUUGUCCUGGAGGGCGUGGCCAUCCUGCUCAUCAUCAGCGUGGACCGCUUCCUCAUCAUUGUCCAGCGUCAGGACAAACUGAAUCCACGGAGGGCCAAGGUGAUAAUCGCCACCUCCUGGGCGCUGUCUUUCUGCGUCUCUGCACCCUCUCUUGCAGGCUGGACAUUUGUGGAGGUGCCUGCCCGGGCCCCUCAGUGUGUGCUGGGCUACUCGGAGUUCCUGGCCAACCGUGCCUACGUCGUGACACUGGUGGUGGCUGUGUUCUUUGUGCCCUUCAGCGUCAUGCUGUGCUCCUAUCUCUGCAUCCUGCACACGGUCCGGAAGAAUGCCAUCCGCGUCCACAGCCAGUGCGACAGCCUGGACCUGGGGCACCUCACCAGGGCGGGUUUGAGGCGGCUGCAGCGGCAACAGCAGGUCAGUAUGGACUUGAGCUUCAAAACCAAGGCCUUCACCACCAUCCUGAUCCUCUUCGUGGGCUUCUCGCUCUGCUGGCUGCCUCACACAGUCUACAGCCUUCUGUCUGUGUUCAGCCGCAGGUUCUACUGCAGCUCCUCCUUCUAUACCACCAGCUCCUGUGUCCUUUGGCUCAGCUACCUCAAGUCUGUCUUCAAUCCCAUCGUCUACUGCUGGAGAAUCAAAAAAUUCCGCGAGGCUUGCAUAGAGUUGCUGCCCCAGACCUUCCAAAUCCCUCCCAAAGUGCCUGAGCGGAUCCGCAGAAGAAUCCAGCCGAGCACUGUCUAUGUGUGCAAUGAAAACCAGUCUGCUGUUUAG